AUGACACCAACAACUCCUCGCUCCAAAUCGGGCGGGAAAUAUGCGAAUCCAACCAUCCAAAUCGUCGUUGGGAGGACAAAACAAUUGUUCCACGUCCACUACGCAUAUCUCGAGCGGACCGACUUCUUCAACGUUCACGGCCCACCCCAACUGCCUACGGCGACGACACCGACACCGGCACCGAAGCCAACCCGUGCAGGGAGUUGUUUAAACUCACCAGCACCGAGUGAGGCCACUGUGACGCCCGAUCGAGAUGAAAUCAAAGCGGAGCAAGAGAUGGAGGACGAAAUGCCUGAAAGCAGUGGUGCUUCACCAACAGCUACCAGCGAUGCUGCCAAGGCGCCGGCUUACAUCCUUCGAAGUCUGAUACACGAUCCCGCAGCGUUCGAGGUCGUCGUCGAUUACCUGUACAACACGCCUCCCAGCACACCUCAAAGUCGAUCCCAAUUCAGAAUACUGCUGAAAGCGUACAUCCUGGCACUCCAGUACCGCAUGUCCGGCCUUCAAGAUGAUCUGAUCGACUGUUUCCGAAACUAUCAUGCGUCUUACACGAUCAGGUUUGCCGAACUAUUCUGGGUCUCUGGACGUGUCGGUGAUGGCGAGGCUGUUUGCACAGUCCCGUUGAUCCAGUACCUCAUUGAUCAGGUUGCGUUCGAAAUCUACCAGGGAGGGUACGAUGCCUUCGUCCAGGAGAACUCGGAUUUUGAAAUGUUUCUCACAAACGGCGACCGGCCUCUGCGGAGGGAACUUUUCAAAGCCCUUGCCAAAGUUGCGCAGGACAAGAGCCCUCUGGACCCUGCACUUGGGCUCAACCGCUGGAGGGUUGUCGACUACCCCAACUAUGAUCGCAGCGUCGGCGCCUCCUCAAACGCUCCCGACAUCAUUGAUAUCGACUGA